AUGGACCGAAGCUUGCUGAUGUGGAGGUUCUUCACAUUCAUCAUGGUAACUGACUGCGUGAUAGAUCUUUGUUAUCACAAACCACUAACUGUCACCAAUGCCACAUACAAAGCCCUCACAUACAAAAUCGGCACCCUGAUAAACUGUGAAUGCAAGAAAGGCUUCCGCAGAACGAGCGCCAGGGCACCCUUUAUGAAUUGUACAGGAAAAGCUGGUCACCUUUCCUGGGAAAACCAAUGUCAGUGCAAAAACACUUCCUUCAGGAACACACAAAAACAAGCUACUGCUAAACCUGAAGAACGGGAGGAAGGAAAAACCACAGAAAUGCAAAGCGAAAUGCAGCCCACAGACCAAGUUAACCUAGAUUAUUGCACAGAACCCCCAUCAUGGAAACAUGAAGGUCCAGAGAGAAUUUAUCAUUUUGUGGUGGGGCAGACCAUUCACUAUGAGUGUGUCCAUGGAUUCAGGGCCUUACAGAGAGGUCCUGCCAAGAGCACCUGCAAAAUGAUCUGUGGGGAGGCGAGGUGGACACAGCCCCAGCUCACGUGCAUAAGAGAAAGUGACAAAACAUCUCAAGCAAGCACGGUUACUCCUUCUGAGGAUGAAGCUUCCUGUCCCUUAAUAACAGCAGGUACUACUACAGAUUUUGAAAAACAUACAGAAGAGGCUACAACCAUGAAGAUGUUCAUAUUUACCACUGAGUAUCAGAUAGGAGUGGCCGGCUGUGCUCUCCUGCUGAUCGGUAUCCUCCUUCUGAGUGCGUUCAUCUGGCAGCGGAGAUGGAGGAAGAAUAGAAGAACAAUCUAG